AUGUCUGCAGCUGUCCAGUGGCUUGUGCUUUGGGGUUGGUGCCUGGAUGAUGCAAUGCACUGGGUGUGUGAUGAGGUCGUGGAGGUGAUUCUGCUCCGACAUCGACGGACUGUCAACGAGCUGCUGACUGCGAACAUUCCGCGGAUGUUCGACAGGAUUGCUCAUGAUAUGAUUGAGCAGGACAUCGACUCCUGCUUCUUGGUCACCGAGAUUGGACAAGUGCUGUUCAAAUCCCCGCGGGUGGAGAUGAACUUCGAGGAGGGCGAUCUGUUUGUGACCCGACCGAUUGCUCCGAUGCCAGUGCCAGUGGUGCCACGCCUGCACACAUCCUUCGAUGCCACUGUGAAUUUACCAUUCUGUGCUUUGCUGAAUAAUAUCAAAACUUGUCCGAAGGCUACAGCACCUACGGCGCCAACGGCGACUGCUGCAGUCACGAGCGGCGAGGCCGGGGUUGUGGAAGUUGAGUGCUUCAGAGCUUGGAAGAUGUACGUUUCCUUUGAGUUGGGUGCAUCAGUUUUCACAUUGUCUUUGACUCCGUGGUCCUGUAUCAUUGCAUUUCGCUCGCAGGGAUGGGAGCUCCUCGUCUAG